AGGGCACUUGAACUUCAGAUUCCUUUGAGUAAGAAUUUCCGUGCGCAGUAUUCUGUGUUCAAACGUGAAAUAUGCUUCGAAGUACAUUCAUAACAUGUUGUCUAAGAAACAAAUGGAACUAUUCCGGAAUACAGCAUGCGGUCACCUUGCAGAUAUACCUGAGAUUCAAGUCUUUGCUGAAAUUGUGCACAUGUUAUUGUUACGCCUUGUGAAGCAAUAGCCUGAAGAUGAGCACUGGUUCUGUGUAGUGGAGGGUAAAAUUGUGGAAUUCACGAAUAAUGAUUUAUGCCGCAUUACUGGAUUACCUCCGGCAGCCCUUAAGCCCGUCGUGGCUGAAGAGAGUGAAAAUCUGAUGAAGAGGCUAAAGAAAUGGAAGAAGCUGGGGAGGUUGCUAAUACAUAUUUUGGCGGAUCACUGGAUAUCACUUUUCAGAUGGUGAAGGACAAGGUUAAAAAAGUACGUCUUAGUAGAAAAGGUAAUGGAGUGCUAGGUGUCAAGCUUGCAUCCCUCUUCUUGGUUGAGAACGUAUUGCUGGGAAGAGACAGAACAACCAAGAUUAGCUGGAGGUCUAUUAAGCUGGUUAAUGAGUUUGAGGAGUUCAAGGAGUUGUGGUCGAGAGACGCUUACAAUUUGCUAGUCACACUUUUAAAGGGUCUUCUUGAUGGCAGUCGACGAAGUUUAUCGACAAUAAGGCUAACGUCCCUGGAAAUAAAAAGCUAAGUUAUCAGUGUACGGUAUGCCAUUGGUCCUAAAG